GGAAGUGCUUCACGAAAACUCUGCUCGUUCACGGCCGAUGGAUGAAGUCCCCGUUGUUCAGUUCAGUAAUGAAACACCAGAACUUGGCUUUUCUAACUUGGUACGAUUCAAUGUGUCCAACAGCAAUCUUGGUGGAGCGAAACCCGACGUCAGUGGCCGGUUAGAUUCAAGCAGCUUUUCGUGUAAUCUUGAAUUUUGUGGAAAACCGCUGCCUAAAGUUUGUCCAGUACCGCCUUCUCCACACGGUGAGUCAGGAUCGAAAGUAUCCUCGAGAAACCAGUUUCUUAUCUACUCGUUGUACGGUGUUCUUGGUUUUGUGUCCGGGUUUCUCCUUGCUUUCAUGUUGAGGGAAAAGAGAAAGCCUGCGAUCAAGAAGGACGAGGUUACAAAGGAGGAGGUAGAAGUAGAUGAGGUAAACAGCAAAGACAGCGGAAAUUCAAGUGAGGUCAGUGAUGGAGAAAACGAGGACUGGUUAUCGAUAGAGAAUGGAACGGGUGCUUCUUCUCUAGUGGUACUUUCGAGUCCGCUGGUGGAGGGGAUGACGUUCAAGGAACUGCUUCGGGCACCCGCGGAGUGGGUAGGUAGAGGAAAUGCUGGGAGCCUCUACAAAGUUAGACUUGUGGGUGGGGUGGAUGUGGCUGUGAAAAGGGUUAAGAAUUGGGAGAUUUCAAAGGAGGAUUUCAAGAGGAGGAUGCAGAGGAUAGACCAGGUGAAGCAUCCUAAUGUGUUGCCUCCCUUGGCCUAUUGCUGUUCUGAGCAAGUGAGGCUGUUGGUUUAUGAGUUCCAGCAGAAUGGCAGCCUCUUCAGUCUUCUUCAUGAAUCUCAAAACGACCAACCAUUCAACUGGGGAAGCAGGGUAAGUGUCGCGGCUAAAAUUGCAGAAGCACUGGCUUUCACCCAUGAAUCGCUUCAGAAGGAUGGAAUUGCUCACGGGAACCUAAAGUCCUCCAAUAUAAUGCUCAACAAAGACAUGGAGCCCUGCAUCAGUGAGUACGGUCUAAAGGGGGUCAAAAAUCACCAAAACCAAUCAAUCAUUUCCCAAACUAACAAUUUCAAGUCAGACAUCUAUGGCUUCGGAGUGAUUCUUCUUGAACUCCUAGCGGGGAAUGAAGUUCAGAAUGAUGGGUUUGAUUUGGCUAGUUGGGUGCGGUCAGUGGUUAGUGAAGAACUAACAGUUGAGGUUUUUGACAGGGCCUUGGUUUUAGAAGGUGCUAGUGAGGAGAGAAUGGUGAAUUUGCUGCAUGUGGCUUUGAAGUGCUUAAGUCCAUUUCCAGAUGCUAGGCCAAGAAUUGAUCAAGUGGCUACAAUGAUAAGGUCUAUUAAAGAGGAAGAAGAAGAAGAUUAUAGAUCCAUAAGCUUUGACACAUGAUCCACUAGUUCGCAUUUGUGUCCCAGUGGUUCACUUCUUCUGCUUCAUUGUCCCUGGAUUAGGCCGGUACGGUUUGGAUGCAACAUCGAUAUUUCUGCUGCAACUUCGUCGGUGUUUAAAUGGAUCCAGCUUAUUGUGGACUGCGUUGUUUCAAAGCAGUUGUUCUCUCAGUUAAGCUAUGUAGCAAGGAUACGGACACGGAACUCUAGGUGGGUUUUUGUUCUUCCUGUUGAGCUUUAAGAAUCUCUUGUAUUGGGAUUCCCCUUUAUGGAGUAGUUAUAUAGGAG